CCUCGGAGUCCCUGCAGGGGGACCGCGCCCCAACCCGUCCUGUGCGCUCACCAGCUGUAGCGGCGCGUCGGUUCCGUCCAGCAGCCGCGGCGGGCACAUUGGUGCGCACCAGGACUCACUCACUCGGGAGCAUCGGGGCGCAUUGGGGCGCAUUUGCGCGCCGCCACCGCGCCACGCUCGGUCUCUGCAGGGAGCCCUGCACCAUGCGGGGGGCACCGCUCCUGCAGCUGCUGCUGGCCGUCUGCCAGGCCACGGCUGGGGCUGGGGCUCCUGGGCUGGCGCUGCCCCCCUCCAAGGGGGACGCCACCCUGGCCUUCGUCUUCGACAUCACUGGCUCUAUGUGGGACGACCUAAUGCAGGUGAUCGACGGCGCCUCACGCAUCCUACAGCGCAGCCUGGACGGCCGCGGCCAGGCCAUCGCCAACUACGCGCUGGUACCCUUCCACGACCCAGAUAUUGGCCCAGUGACCCUUACAGCAGACCCUGAAGUGUUUCAGAGGGCGCUGAGAGAACUCUAUGUGCAGGGAGGUGGUGACUGCCCGGAAAUGAGCGUGGGGGCCAUCAAGGCUGCCGUGGAGGUUGCCAACCCUGGCUCCUUCAUCUAUGUCUUCUCGGACGCCCGCGCCAAGGACCACCACAAGAAGGAGGAGCUUCAGCGGCUCUUACAGCUUAAACAGUCCCAGGUGGUUUUUGUGCUGACCGGGGACUGUGGUGAUCGCACGCAUCCUGGCUACCUGGCUUAUGAGGAAAUUGCAGCCACCAGCUCCGGGCAGGUGUUCCACUUGGACAAGCAGGAGGUGACUGAGGUACUCAGGUGGGUAGAGUCGGCCAUCCAGGCCUCCAAGGUGCACCUGCUGUCCACGGACCAUGAGGAGGAGGGUGAGCACCAGUGGAAGAUCCCCUUUGACCGCAGCCUCCAGGAAGUCACCAUCUCUUUGAGUGGGCCAGGACCUGAGAUUGAAGUGAGGGACCCACUAGGGAGGAUCCUGAAGAAAGACGAGGGCCUCAACGUGCUUCUCAACAUCCCUGACUCGGCCAAGGUUGUGGCCUUUAAGCCUGAGCAUCCUGGACUAUGGUCCAUCAAGGUCUACAGUAGUGGCCGCCACUCAGUGAGGAUCACGGGCAUCAGCAACAUCAACUUCCGUGCAGGAUUCUCCACACAGCCCUCCUUGGAUCUCAAUCACACCAUCGAAUGGCCUCUGGAAGGGGUGCCCAUUUCCCUGGUGAUCAACUCUACGGGUCUGCAGGCGCCGGGUCACCUGGAUUCAGUGGAGUUAUCCCGUAGUACGGGGCAGCACCUCCUGACUCUGCCCAUACAGCCCCUCUCCAAUGGAUCCACCCACCGGUUGUGGGGCGGGACGCCCUUCCACGCCCCCAAGGAGCGCUUCUACCUCAAGGUGAAGGGUCAGGACCAUGAAGGAAACCCUCUCCUCCGUGUCUCUGGUGUUUCCUACAGUGGGGUGGCCCCAGGUGCUCCCCUGGUCAGCAUGCCCCCCCAGAUCCAUGGCUACCUGCACCAGCCCCUGCUGGUCUCCUGCUCUGUACACAGCACCCUUCCCUUCCGGCUUCAGCUGCGAUGGAACGGAAGUCGACUGGGCGAGGAGAGGCACCUUCAGGAGUCGGGAAACAGCAGCUGGGAGAUCCCCCGAGCCUCGAAGGCGGAGGAAGGCGCAUAUGAGUGCCUAGCAGUCAGUCAGGCUGGCGUCGGAAGAGCCAGGACCCAGGUUGUCAUCACAGACCCCCCGCCACAGCUGGUCCCUGCCCCCAACGUGACCGUGUCCCCAGGGGAGACUGCCAUCCUGUCCUGCUGGGUCCUGGAUGAGGCCCCCUACAACCUCACAUGGGUCCGAGAUUGGCGAGCCCUGCCUUCCUCAGUUGGCAGGAUCACCCAGUUGGCCAACCUGUCCCUGGAGGUCAGCAGCGUUGUCCCCGGUGAUGGGGGGAAGUACCAGUGUGUGGCCAGAAAUGCCAACGGGGUCACCAGGGUGUCUGUUUGGCUCCUGGUACGAGAGGCCCCAAAGGUCAGCAUCCACGCACAGUCCCAGCGCUUCUCCCAGGGUGUGGAGGUGAGAAUCAGCUGCUCAGCCUCUGGGUACCCUACACCUCACAUCUCCUGGAGCCAUGAAGGCCAGAUUCUGCAAGAGGAUAGCAGGACCCAAGUGGAUGCCCAGGGGACUCUGGUCAUUCGGGGAGUGGCCCCAGAGGAUGCUGGGAAUUACAGCUGCCAGGCGACUAAUGAGGUCGGCAGUGACAAGGAGACCAUCACCCUCUACUAUACAGACCCACCAUCCAUCUCUGCUGUAAACGCUGUGGUGCUGGCUGCUGUUGGGGAGGAGGCCAUGCUGGCGUGUGAGCCGUCUGGGGUUCCCCCACCCCGAGUCAUCUGGUAUCGAGGAGGUCGUGAGAUGAUCAGGGCUCCCGAAGGCUCCAGCUCUGGAACACUGCGGAUCCGGGCCACUCAGGAGAGGGAUGCUGGCACCUAUACCUGCCGAGCUGUCAAUGAGCUGGGUGAUGCCUCUGCAGAAAUUCGACUGGAGGUUGGACAUGCUCCCCGGCUGAUGGAGCGUCCCCGGGAUGUCACCGUGGAUCUGGGGAGGAAUGCCCUCCUGGCCUGCAGAGCCACCGGCCGCCCACCUCCAAAGACUACCUGGCAUCGCCGAGAUGGCCAGCCCCUGGGGCCCAGGCUGCGUGGCAGGACCAGGCAGCAAGACUCAGGAGUACUGUUCUUUGAAAGUGUGGCCCCUGAGGACCAGGCCUUAUAUGUCUGUGAAGCUCAAAAUGUGUUUGGGAAGGUCCAAGCAGAGGCCCGGCUCACUGUAACAGGACAUGUGCCCCCCCAGAUCGCCAGUGGUGCCCCCACCGUCCGAGUGCUGGAAGGGCAGCCCGUGUCCCUGUCCUGCAUUGUCCUGGCUGGGCAGCCCCUCCCGGAGAGGCGCUGGCUCAAGGCUGGCCAGCCCCUCCCCGCUGGUGGCCGGCACUCCCUCCGGUCGGAUGGCAGCCUCCACCUUGACCAGACGCUGCAGGAGGAUGCAGGGAGCUACAGCUGUGUGGUCACCAACACAGCCGGCUCUCGGCACAGAGACGUGCUGCUGCUUGUCCAGGUGCCACCUAGAAUCCAGCCCAUGGCUACCCACCACAUCACCAAUGAAGGGGUUGCAGCCUCUCUCCCCUGUGUUACCUCAGGUGUCCCCACCCCCACCAUCACCUGGACCAAGGAAUCCAAUGCCCUCACCUCUGGGAACCCCCACUACAACGUGAGCAAGGACGGCACCCUGGUCAUCACCCAGACAUCUGCCCAGGAUGCCGGGACCUAUGUCUGCACAGCCACCAAUGCCGUGGGCUUCUCCAGCCAGGAAAUGCGGCUUUCUGUCAACACCAAGCCCAAGAUCCAUGGCACUGGGUCACAGGACACAGAUGAACCUCUGAGAGUCACAGCCAAGGCUGGGGACCAGGUGAUUCUAGACUGUGAGGCCCAGGGUUCCCCAGCACCACUGGUCACCUGGACCAAGGACUUCCGCCCUGUGCCACCCAUUAAAGACAGGCAGGCCCUCCUCCCAUCGGGCUCCCUGCAUCUGAUCCAGGCCCAGGCUGGUGAUAGUGGGCUUUAUAGGUGCACAGCCAGUAACCCUGCUGGGUCUGCCUCUCACAGCUACAGCCUCAGGGUACAAGUGCCCCCCCAGGUACAGAAGGGGUCCCAGGUUCUGAAGGUGCUGACAGGAGAAGCCGUGGAUCUGAACUGUGUGGCCGAGGGGGACCCGGAGCCCCGGCUGAACUGGUCCAAGGAUGGGGUGGCCCUGUGGGGUGGGGGGCCCGAGGGCUCCAUCCACUUCGCCGCUGUCCAACCCUCUGACGCCGGGCACUAUCAGUGUGAGGCCUCCAACAGCGUCGGGACAGAUGCCUGGGAGCUGGAGCUCAGGGUUCUGGAGCCACCGCACUGGGGGUCACAGGAGCCCAGCGGCCUGUUGGAAAGAGUGACAGGGGAGAAUGCCAGCCUGCCGUGCCCUGCUCGAGGGACGCCCACGCCGCAGGUCACAUGGCGGAAGGGCCUGUCCUCCGAGCCCUUGCGCGGCCGCCCGGGCCUGGCUGUGCUGGGUGAAGGCUCCCUGUUCCUGGCCUCGGUUUCCCCUACUGACAGCGGGGAAUAUGAAUGCCAGGCCACCAACGAGGCGGGGUCAACAUCCAGGAGAACCAAGCUGGUGGUCUAUGUGCCACCCAGCAUCCGGGAAGCAGGCCGCAGGGCCAGCGUGUCAGGCGUGGCAGGGCAGUCCCUGACACUGGACUGUGACACCAGUGGCUUUCCCACCCCUGAGGUUGUAUGGCUCAAGGAUGGACAAAUGAUCCCCAAGGUGGACAGCCACCGCCUCCUGAGUGGGUCCCAGGCCCUCCACUUUCCCCACAUCCAGGAAGGUGAUUCUGGGCUCUACUCAUGCCGGGCGGAGAACCAGGCCGGGGCUGCCCAAAAGGACUUCCAGCUCCUUGUGCUCACUCCUCCUUCCAUGCUUGGAGCAGGGACCACACAGGAGGUGCUGGGCCAGGCUGGCGCAGAGGUGGAGCUGGAGUGCCGGGCCUCGGGAGUCCCCACCCCUCAGGUGGAAUGGACCAAGGAUGGGCAGCCUGUGCUCCCAGGGGACCCUCACAUCCAGCUUCAGGAGGGUGGCCAGCUUCUCAGAAUCACCAGUAGUCACCUGGGAGAUGCAGGACAAUACCAGUGUGUGGCCUUCAGCCCAGCUGGCCAACAGACCAAGGACUUCCACCUCAGAAUUCACACACCCCCCACCAUAAGGGGCUCCAACGAGACGGGUGAGGUGGCCGUCAUGGAGGGCCAGUCAGUGCAUCUCCUGUGUGAGGCCCGAGGUAUGCCUGCUCCCAACAUCUCCUGGUUCAAAGAUGGGGCUGCAGUGCCCCCCAGCGCCGGGGUUCUCUACCUCAGGGGCGGCCGGCAGCUGCAGCUGACCAGGGCCUGGGCCAAGGAUUCUGGCUUCUAUACCUGCCAGGCCAGCAACCCUGCAGGGAUGGCAGAGAAGGCCACCAGGCUGGAAGUUUAUGUACCCCCCACCAUCGAGGGAGCAGGUGGGGCUCCCCAUGCGGUGAAGGCUGUGGUGGGGAGGCCCUUGUCCCUGGAGUGCGUGGCCCAGGGUGUCCCGCCGCCCAGCCUCUCCUGGCACCACGAGGGCCUGCCUGUAACCGAGAGCAACGACACGCGUGUGCAGGAGGGCGGGGCACUGAGGCUGGAGAGCCCCCGCGAGGCUGCAGGAGGGCUGUACAGCUGCGUGGCCGCCAGCCCCGCCGGAGAGGCCGUGCUGCGCUACUCCGUGGAGAUGCAGGUGCCCCCACAGCUUCUGGUGGCCGAAGGCUUGGGCCAGGUGACCGCCCUCGUGGGACAGCCCCUGGCACUUUCCUGCCAGGCCUCAGGCUCCCCGGUGCCCAACAUUCAGUGGCUGCAGAAUGGCCACCCUGCGGAGCUGCUGCCUGGGGUGCAAGUGGACUCUCGGGGGGGCGUGCUGCAAAUUGACCAUGUGGAGCUGGUCCAUGGGGGGCUCUUCGCCUGCCAGGCCACCAAUGAGGCGGGCACGGCCGGGGCUGAGGUGGAGCUGUCAGUGCACGAGCUCCCAUCGGUGGUUGUCAUCGGGGGUGAGAACAUCACUGCCCCUUUCCUGCAGCCUGUGACCCUCCAAUGUGCAGGGACGGGGGUGCCUCCUCCAAGCCUCAGCUGGUGGAAAGAUGGGGUGGCCCUGGCAGCCUCGGGGGGAAACCUACAGAUUGAGAAGGUGGACCUGAGGGACGAAGGCAUCUACACUUGUGCUGCCACCAGCCUGGCUGGGGAGAGCAGGAGGGACGUGGCGCUCAAGGUUUUGGUGCCACCCAGCAUCGAGCCGGGCCUGGUCAACAAGGCAGUGCUGGAGAAUGCCUCGGUGACCUUGGAGUGUCUAGCGUCAGGUGUGCCCCCUCCAGAUGUCUCCUGGUUUAAGGGCCGCCAACCUGUCUCUGCCCGGAAAGGGGUGAUUGUGUCCGCUGACGGGAGGGUUCUUCUCAUUGAGCAAGCCCGGAUUUCAGAUGCUGGGAGCUACCGCUGUGUAGCAUCCAACAUAGCAGGCAGCACGGAGCUGCUGUAUGGCCUACGGGUCAAUGUGCCGCCACGCAUCACACUGCCCCCCAGCCUAUCAGGCCCCGUGUUGCUCAGUGCCCCUGUCCGGCUGACCUGCAACGCCACUGGAACCCCCCGCCCCAUGCUGAUAUGGCUGAAGGAUGGAAACCCCGUGUCCACUGAAGGCACCUCCAGCCUCCAGGUCUUCCCCGGUGGCCGGGUUCUCACACUGGCCAGUGCCCGCACCUCUGACUCCGGCAGCUACUCCUGUGUGGCUGUGAAUGCUGUGGGUGAGGACCGUUGGGACGUCACCCUGCUUGUCCAUGCACCCCCCAGCAUCCAAGGGGAAGAGCUGAACGUGUCUGUCGUGGCCAACGCAUCCGUGAGCCUGGAGUGCCACAGCCAGGCAGUGCCGCCUCCCACACUGAGCUGGUGGAAGGAUGGCCGCCCUCUGCAGCUGCGGCCUGGGCUCCGCCUCUCUGCAGACAAGGCCCUGCUGGAGAUGGCCAGAGCGGAUGUGCGGGAUGCAGGCCGUUAUACCUGUGAGGCGCUCAACCAGGCUGGCCGCUCAGAGAAGCACUACGACCUGAAUGUGUGGGUCCCUCCAAUGUUCCCUGCUAGGGAGCCUUCCACUCUGACUGUGACCGAGGGGCUCCCUGCCAGGCUGUCCUGUGACUGUCGGGGUGUCCCUUUCCCCAAGAUCUCCUGGAAGAAGGAUGGUCAGCCCCUGCCUGGGGAGGUGUCGGCAGUGGGGCGGUUGCUCUACCUGGGGCAGGUCCGGCUGGCCCAGGAGGGCAUGUACACCUGUGAGUGCAGCAACGUGGCUGGCAACCGCAGCCAGGACCAAAGGCUGGAGGUGCAGGUCCCUCCUCAGAUCAUCGGCCCCCACGAGCUACACACACAGGUGUCUGUGGUCCAAGAUGGAGAAGCCACCCUGGAAUGUAACGCCACAGGGAAACCCCCACCCAGGGUGACCUGGGAGCGGGAUGGCCAUCCUAUCGGGGUGGAGCCAGGCCUUCGGCUGCAGAACCAGAGUCUGCAAGUGGAAUGGGCACAGGCCACCCAUGGUGGCCGCUACAGGUGUGUCGCUGAGAACGUGGCUGGGAGAGCCGAGAGGAGAUUUGCACUGUCCGUGCUGGUGCCCCCAGAGUUCACUGGAGACGUGGACCCACUGACCAAUGUUACUGCUGCCCUGCACAGUGCCUUGACGCUCUUCUGUGAAGCCACAGGUGUCCCAUCACCACGAGUGCGCUGGCUUCGAGGAGAGGAGCCCAUCAGCCCUGGGGAGGACAUUUACCUCUUGGCAGGUGGCUGGAUUCUGAAGCUGAUGCAUGUGCAGGAGCAAGACAGGGGCCUGUACGCGUGCCUAGUGAGCAAUGAGGCUGGGGAGGUUCGGAGGAACUUCAGCGUGGAUGUUUUGGUCCCUCCCAGUAUCAAGGAAGAGGACCUGGAGGAGGUUCUCAAGGUCUCCGAGGGACAAACGGCCCAUCUGCUGUGCAAUGCCACAGGCCACCCACGACCUGAGAUCUCCUGGUUCAAAGACGGCCGGCCCCUGGCUGCUGAAGAUGCCCACCGUGUUUCUCCAGAUAGGUCCCUUCUGCAAGUCCUUCAGGCCAACUUGUCAAGUGCUGGCCACUACUCCUGCAUUGCAGCCAAUGCCAUGGGGGCCAAGACCAAACACUUCCAGCUAAGUGUCCUUGUGGCUCCCACCAUCCUGGGAGUGGCCGAGAAUAGCACGGGGGAGGAAGUGACUGUGACCAUCAACAACCCCAUUUCUCUCAUCUGCGAGGUGCUGGCUUUUCCCUCCCCCACCAUCACCUGGAUGAAGGAUGGGGCCCCAUUCCAGGCCUCCGACAAUAUCCAGCUGCUUCCAGCAGGCACCCAGGGGCUGCAGAUCCUGAAUGCACAGAGGGAGGACGCGGGCCAGUACACCUGUGUGGUUACCAACGAGCUGGGAGAGGCCAUGAAGAACUACCAUGUGGAGGUCAUCAUCCCUCCUUCCAUCUCCAAAGAUGACCCCUUGGGAGAAAUCAGCGUGAAGAAAGUGAAGACCAAAGUUAACAGCACUUUGACCCUGGAGUGUGAGUCCUGGGCCGUGCCCCCACCUACCAUCAGCUGGUACAAGGAUGGACAGUCUGUGGUCCCUAAUGAGCGGCUUCGAGUCCUGGGUGAAGGGAGGCUACUCCAGAUCCAGCCCACACAGCUCUUGGAUUCAGGCCGGUACCUGUGUGUGGCCAGCAACGUUGCAGGCGAGGAUGACCAAGACUUCAACGUGCUUAUCCAGGUGCCUCCCAUGUUCCAGAAGGUGGGUGAUGACAGUGCAGCCUUUGAGAUCCUGUCCCAGGAGGAGGAAGCCCAGGAUGGGGUGACAGAAUACCGGGAGAUCAUGGAGAACAGCCCGGCCUACCUGUACUGUGACACCAAUGCAGUGCCACCCCCGGAGCUCACCUGGUACAGGGAGGAUCAGCCCCUGUCAGCCGCAGAUGGGGUGUCUGUUCUGCAAGGAGGCCGGGUCCUGCAGAUCCCCCAGGUCCGCGUGGAGGAUGCCGGGAGGUACUCCUGCAAGGCCUCCAAUGAGGUGGGCGAGGACUGGCUGCACUACAAGCUGCUGGUGCUCACUGCCCCUGUGAUCCUGGGGGACACCGAGGAGCUGGUGGAGGAGGUGACCGUCAACGCCAGCAGCACCGUCAGCCUCCAGUGCCCAGCCGUGGGCAACCCAGUGCCCACAAUCUCGUGGCUCCAGAAUGGACUGCCUUUCCCCGAGAGCCCCCGGCUACAGGUCCUGGAGGAUGGGCAGGUUUUGCAGGUGUCCACGGCAGAGGCAGCCGACACUGCCAGCUACAUGUGUGUGGCUGAAAACUCAGUGGGCUCUGCGGAGAAGCUCUUCACCCUCCGGGUACAGAUCCCACCUCGAAUCACAGGACCAGAUUCCGAGCAGGCCACUGCCACCCUUAACAGCAGCAUCUCCCUCUCCUGUGAUGUCCAUGCCCACCCCAGCCCUGAGGUCACAUGGUUCAAGGACAACCAAGCCCUCUCUCUGGGACAAGAGAUUUUCCUUCUGCCUGGUACCCACACACUGCACCUGGCGCGGGUGCAGCCGUCAGACUCUGGAACGUACAUGUGUGAGGCCCUCAAUGCUGCCGGCCGAGACCAGAAGCUGGUACAGCUGAGUGUUCUGGUGCUCCCCACCUUCAGGCAGGCUCCUGGCAACACCCAGGAAGUGGUUGUGGUACAAGUGAGAGACCAGGUCACAUUGAACUGCGAGGUGGACUCGGUCCCUGAGCCAGCCGUGACGUGGUACAAGGAUGGGCAGCCCCUGGCCCUGUUGCCGCGGCUCCAGGUGCCACCAAGUGGACAAAGACUGGAGAUCUCGGACACCCAGGUGUCGGAUAAAGGCCUGUACAGCUGUAAAGUCAAUAAUGUGGCUGGGGAGGCUGUGAGGACCUUUGCACUCACUGUCCAGGUGCCCCCGGUGUUUGAGAAUCCCAAAACGGAGACCCUGAGCCAGUUGGCCGGGAACCCCCUGGUCCUGACCUGUGAUGUGACUGGGGUCCCGGCACCCACUGUGACUUGGCUCAAAGACAGAAUGCCUGUUGAGAGCACCCUGGCGCUUGGUGUCGUCUCCCGGGGGGGCCGCCUGAUGCUGAGCCGCCUGCAGCCCUCCCAGGCUGGCACCUAUACGUGUGUGGCUGAGAACACCCAGGCUGAGGCCCGAAAAAACUUUGUGGUGACCAUGCUAGUGCCCCCCAGGAUCUGGAGCUCAGGCUCCACACAAGAGCACAGUGUGCUGGAGGGGCAGGAGGUGCGACUAGACUGCCAGGUCGAUGGGCAGCCACCCCCCGAUGUGAGCUGGCUAAAGGACGGGGGCCCGUUAGGCAAGGGUGCCAGCCCCCAUCUCCGGUUCUUCCUGGACGGCAGCUCCCUGGUGCUGAAGGGCCUGAGGGCUGCUGACUCGGGGGCCUACACCUGUGUGGCCCGAAACUCAGCUGGGGAGGAUGCCAGGCUGCACACCCUGAGUGUGCUGGUCCCUCCCACCAUCGAGAUGGCAGGGGGCCCAGGAACUGUGGUGAGCAGGGUGGGGGAGCUGGUGACCAUGACUUGCCCUGCCCGGGGCUCCCCACCCAUCCAUGUGAGCUGGCUCAAGGAUGGCCUGCCACUGCCGAUAUCCCAGCGUACCCGCCUCCGUGGCCACGGCCGCACUCUCAGGAUUUCCCAAGUGCAGGUGGCAGAUUCUGGCGAUUUCACUUGUGUGGCUGCAAGCCCAGCCGGGGUGGCUGACAGGAACUUCACCUUACAGGUUCACGAGCCCCCUAUCCUGGAACCUGUGGAGUUCCAGCCUGAGGUGGCAGUGGCCCGGGGUUCCUCUGUGCUCCUCCCAUGUGAAGCCCGUGGCAACCCCCUACCCCUGGUAUCCUGGCUGAAGAAUGGGGAGCCCAUGUGGCCACAGAGCUUAGAACAAGGGCCUGGCCUGCAGCUGGAGACAGUGGCAACUAGCGACUCGGGGACAUACUCCUGUGUGGCCGAGAGUGAGGCAGGAGAGGCCCGGCGGCACUUCCAGCUGACAGUGAUGGAUGCUCCCCACAUAGAGGACUCGGGUAGACCCACAGAGUUGUCGCUCACCCCUGGUGCCCCCUUGGAGCUCCUCUGUGAUGCCCGGGGAAUCCCCCCACCAAAUAUCACCUGGCACAAGGAUGGCCAGGCCCUGAGCCAGCAGGAGAACAGCAGCAGGGCUGGGCGGCUGCUUCGUGUGGAGGAUGUGCAGGUGGGUGAUGCUGGGCUGUACACUUGCCUAGCCCAGAACCCAGCAGGUGAAGAUGAAAAGAACUUCCGGGUCAGGGUUCAAGCUCCCCCAAGCAUCAUUGGGCCGAGAGGUCCCCGUUCUGUGGUUGGACUGGCACCUGGGCAGCUGGUUCUGGAAUGUUCUGUGGAGGCAGAACCGGCACCUGAAAUUGAGUGGCACAGAGAUGGUGUUCUGCUGCAGGAGGACACCCACACCCAGUUCCCAGAGCAGGGCAGGUUCCUUCAACUGCAGGCCCUGAGCACAGCUGAUGGCGGGAACUACAGCUGCACGGCCCGCAAUGCCGCGGGCAGCACCCACAUGGCCUUUCACGUGGAGAUCCACACUGUGCCCACCAUCCGGCUGGGACCACCCGCUGUGAAUGCCUCCGUGAACCAGACUGUCCUGUUGCCCUGCCAGGCGGAUGGGGCACCCCUGCCCCUUAUGAGCUGGCGGAAAGACGGUGCCCCCCUGGAUCUUGGGAACCCCAGAUUGCAGGUUCUGCCCGAGGGGUCUCUGAGGAUCCAGCCAGUCCUCUCCCAGGAUGCCGGCCACUACCUCUGCCUGGCAUCCAGCUCAGCAGGCUCCGAUCGGCAGGGCCGUGACCUACUGGUCUUUGAGCCUCCAGCCAUUGCCUCCAGCCCCUCCAAUCUGACGUUGACCGCACAUACCCCCACUUCACUGCCCUGUGAGGCCAGUGGCUCCCCCAAGCCCCUGGUGGUCUGGUGGAAAGACCAACAGAAACUGGACUUCCGCCUGCAGCAGGGUGCCUACCGGCUCCUGCCUUCCAACGCCCUGCUUCUCACUGACCCUGGCCCCCAAGACGAGGCUGAGUUUGAGUGUGUGGUGAGCAAUGAGCUGGGUGAGGCCCGCAGGCUCUACCAGGUGACCAUCCAUGUGCCCCCCACCAUUGCCGACGACCAGACGGACUUCAUGGCAACCAGGCUGGCGCCCGCAGUGCUCACAUGCCACAGCUCAGGCGUGCCGGCCCCUGUCCUGUCCUGGAGCAAGGCUGGAGCCCAGUUGGGGGCACGGGGCAGUGGCUACCAUGUGUUGCCUUCUGGCGCCCUGGAAAUCAGACAGGCCCUCCCCAUCCAUGCCGGCCGGUACACCUGCACUGCCCGGAACUCUGUGGGCGUGGCUCACAAGCACGCGGUCCUCACUGUGCAAGCCUCCCCAGUGGUGAAACCCCUGCCCAGCAUGGUCUGGGCUGUGGCAGAGGAAGAGGUGCUGCUGCCCUGCGAGGCUGUGGGCAUCCCCCAGCCAAACGUCACUUGGCAGAAAGAAGGCCACACCCCAGCAGGCUCCAGCACUCAGGUGCUACCCAGCGGACAGCUGCGGAUUCUCCGUGCCAGCCCAGAGGACGCAGGAAACUAUUUCUGCAUUGCCCAGAACAGUGCAGGCAGCGCCACUGGGAGGACUCGGCUGGUAGUACAAGUCCCACCUGCCAUCGAGGCCGGCCUCCCUGAUGUGUCAGUGACUGAAGGCUCCCAGGUCCUCCUGCCCUGCUCGGCCAGAGGCAGCCCCCAGCCUGACAUCACCUGGGAGAAGGAUGGCCAACCCGUGUCCACUGUGGAGUGGAAGUAUGCCCUGCAGCCUUCUGGGCAACUGCUAGUGAAGAACUCAGAGAGUCAGGAUGCUGGCACCUACACUUGUAUUGCCCGGAACACAGUGGGGCGUGCCCACCGCCGGGUGCAUCUCUCCAUCCUGGCGCUGCCUGUCUUUACCACCCUGCCUGGGGACCGGAUUCUGCGCCUCGGAGACCGUCUGUGGCUUCGCUGUGCCGCCCAGGGCAGCCCCACCCCACGCAUAGGAUGGACCAUCAACAACCGACUUGUGACAGAAGGAGUGUCGGAACAGGAUGGGGGCAGCACGCUGCAGCGGGUGGCGGUCACCAGAGAAGACAGUGGCACCUACGUCUGCUGGGCUGAGAACAGAGUAGGCCGUGUGCAGGUCGCCAGCUUCAUCCACGUGAAGGAGGCUCCUGUCCUGCAAGGGGAGGCCUUUUCCUACCUCGUGGAGCCUGUGGGUGGCAGCGUCCAACUGGAUUGUGUGGCCCGUGGAGACCCAGCCCCAGCCAUCCGCUGGAUCAAGGAUGGACUUCCACUGCAGAGCAGCCGUCUCCAUCACCGUCUGUACAAUGGCUCCCUGACUAUCCACCGCACCGAGAUGGACGACGCGGGACAGUACCAGUGCCUGGCAGAGAGUGAGCUGGGCACAGCAGAGAAGGUGGUGAUUCUGGUACUGCAGAGUCCCCCAGUGUUCCAGGUGGAGCCUCAGGAUGUGACAGUGAAGGCCGGGGAGGACGUGGCUCUGCUGUGCCAGGCCACUGGAAAGCCCACGCCCACAGUGGAGUGGCUGCGAGCUGGCCAGCCCCUGCCAGCCAGCCAGCGACUGAGGACCCUGCCAGACGGCAGUCUGUGGCUAGAGAGCGUGGAGGCCAGAGACAUGGGUGCCUAUGAGUGUGUCGCCCACAACCUCCUGGGCUCCGCCAGGGCCCGGGCUGUCCUGGUCGUGAGAGAGGAGCCCCGGGGGAGCCGGGGCAGCAUGAUUGGGAUGAUCAAUGGUCAGGUUCUCAGUGGGGCCACGCUCAACACCAGUGUGAGACAGGAGUCACGCUCUGGGGUCAGCACCAUCCGGAGCAGUGCCAGCCACAUCCCCUCGGACGUGGGACCCCUGAUGAGGGUGCUGGUGGUCACCAUUGCUCCUGUCUACUGGGCCCUGGCUGGAGAAAGUGGUGAUGCCCUCAAUGGCCACUCCCUGACAGGUGGCAGCUUCAGGCAGGAGUCUCAUGUGGAGUUUGCCACAGGUGAGCUGCUUACCAUGACCCAGGUGGCUCGGGGCCUGGAUGCUGACGGCUUCUUGCUGCUGGAUGUGGAGGUUCAUGGCAUCAUCCCUGACAGCCUCGCUGAUGCAGACCUCCAAGUACAGGACUUCCAGGAGCACUACGUGCAGACAGGGCCUGGUCAGCUCUUUGUGGGCUCCGUGCAGCGCUUCCUGCAGGAUGGCCUCCCUGCCUCCCUGCGCUGCAACCACAGCAUACAGUAUGAUGCAACCCGGGGUCCCCAACCCCAACUGGUGCAGCAUCUGUGGGCCUCAGGCAUCAGCACAGCCUUUGACCCUGAGGCCGAGGCCCUGCGCUUCCAGCUCAGCUCCGCACUGCAGGCUGAAGAGAGUGAAGCUGGCUGCCCUGAGGGCUUUGAACUGGACACCGAGGGAGCAUUUUGCAUGGACAGGGACGAGUGUUCUGAUGGCCCCAGCCCCUGUUCCCAUGCCUGCCACAAUGCACCUGGCCAUUUCUCCUGCUCCUGCCCUGCUGGCCUUGCUCUGGCCAGGGACGACAGGACCUGCAGAGAUGUGGAUGAGUGUGCAUGGGAUGCCCACCUCUGCCAGGAAGGACAGCGCUGCGUGAACCUGCACGGAUCCUACCUUUGCCUCCCUGACUGCAGACCUGGCUUCCAGACAGCUGCUGACGGGGCAGGCUGUGAAGAUAUCAACGAGUGCCUACAGUCACCAGGACCCUGUGCCUACCAGUGCCACAACCUGCAAGGCAGCUUCCGAUGCCUGUGCCCACACGGCCAGACCCUCCUCCACGAUGGCAGGACCUGCAGCUCGCUGGGACAGAGUGGGCAAAACGUGACCACUGUCAGCCACCGGAGUCCCUUGCCCUGGCUGCGGCCCCAUGCCCCUGUCCCUGGGGGCUCCUACCAUGCCUGGGUCUCCCUCUGGCCGAGCCCCAGGGCUCUAGGGGGUGUGGGGAGAGCCUGGUGCCCCCCUGGCUUCAUUCGGCAGAAUGGCAUCUGCACAGACCUAGAUGAGUGCCGGGUGAGGAGCCUGUGCCAGCAUGCCUGCCGUAACACCGAGGGCAGCUACCAGUGCCUCUGCCCUGCUGGCUACCGCCUCCUCCCCAGUGGCAAGAACUGCCAAGACAUCAAUGAGUGUGAGGAGGAGGACAUUGAGUGUGAGCCCCGCCAGAUGUGCUUCAACACCCGAGGCAGCUACCAAUGUGUGGACACACCCUGUCCUGCGAACUACCGCCAGGGCUCCAGCCCCGGGACCUGCUUCCGUCGCUGCUCACAGGACUGCAGCGCAGGCAGCCCAUCCACACUUCAGUACAAGCUGCUGCCCCUGCCCCUGGGGGUCCGCGCCCAACACAACGUGGCCCGCCUGGCGGCCUUCUCGGAGCACGGUGUCCCCGCCAACAGCACGGAGCUCAGCGUGCUGGAACCCGACCCGCUCAGCCCCUUCGCGCUGCGUCAGCUGCGCUCCGGACACGGUGCAGUCUACACCCGCCGUGCGCUUACCCGGGCCGGCCUCUACAGGCUCACAGUGCGCGCCGCUGCGCCGCGCCACCAGAACGUGUUCGUGCUUCUCAUCGCAGUGUCCCCCUACCCCUACUGAGCGGGACAGCAGGUCCGGGCGGAGAGCACAGAGGGAACUGGCCAGGUCCCCUCGGUCCCGGCCAAGCUGCGUGGGGCUGGCAAGGCUCCCCUUCCCAGCUACGCCCCUUGCAGUGGUCAGCAACCGAGUUCAUCUUCUGUUGUCAGCAGGGCCUUGAGUAAACACGACCCUAUGCUCAGCCUUGAUCCCAGGGCGGCUAGGACCGUGCUAACCCUUAUCACCUCCCACGGGGCAGGGGGUGGGGAGGUGGGGACCAGGUAGAGCCAGGUGGGCUGGUGUCACUGGCCCACUUUAGAGAACAAGUUCACAGCUGGUGUUGGAGUCAGGCAGACUCCUCCAGACUUGUCCCAGGCCCAAAGGGAGGGGGAGCCCUUACCCUUUGGGGACUCCCCGCCCGUGCUGAACACGGUAUGUGAACACUGCAAAUAAACUUAUUUUUAAUG